UUAUUAUUAAAUUUUAUCAUGAAAAAAUGUAACUUCAUAAAUUAAAAACCAUCAUAAAAAAAUUUUUAUUCGCCAAUUAAUUUGCCAAACAGAUGACUUUUGAUGAGACAUGCGAAAAAACUUGAUCAGCUUUUCAAUUGGCUGGUUUUUUCCCUCUACAAUAAUUGAUCAUACUAUUGUUAUUAUUGUUAUAAAUUUAUCCGUCUUUAAUGAUGACAAUAAGAGAGUGGGAUUCGCGAAUUGUGUUACAAAUAAAACAGUCAUUCAGUAAAAGUUAAAAGUCAGUAUUCCCGCGCCGGUUGUUGAACAAUUACUGUUACUCCUCAAGUCCUCAUCAAGAUCUUUAAAUAAUAAUUGUAAUGAUAACAAAUUAAUUGCACUAAUUAAAUUGAUAAUUUGAAAAUUAAAAAAUAAUUUAACACACCAACACAAUGGGUGACAGCAAAAUUGAUCAUAUUGUGAUGACACCAAAAUGUAAAACAGCAACAUCAACAACACUAAUAAUCGAACGUCAAGCUCUAAAUCCUCCAAGUGAAAAAAUCAAUGAACAAGACGUUCACAUUGCUGGUGGUGAUCACAAGGGUAUUGUCAUAAAUAAACAUGCACUUUCAGAUACUAAUGGAGUAUCCAGACCGGCACAUUUGUGUCUUGAAUUCCGUGUUUUUCUUGUCAGUGCACAAACUAAAAAACACACUCAAGAAUCAAGAGUUUUAAGAUUUUGGUUUAUUAAUUCAUUACCUGAUGCUGAACAACCAAGUGUUGCACAAGAAUUUUUUCGUGAAUUAGUUAGUCCACAAGAAUUUCCAAGGGAUUAUGUUGGUUUUAUUAAAAAAAUCAUGAAGCUAAUGCAACAAAAAUAUCCAAGUAUUAAAAAGCUAGAAGUUGAAUUGAAACAAUUGCAAGAGCCAAUAACACUACCAACAAGACCAUCUCAAACUGGCAACUGUCUAUUCACUCUUCCUCGGUCUAAGAAAAGUGUUCGGAUAUCAGUAUCAACUGAUGAAACAAUAAUGGGACAAACAAUUGAUCUGAGUUUAGAAAAAGUUUUGGAAAUAAUUGAAUCAGCUUAUCCAAAUCCAAUCACAGUGAUGGACAUUGCCAAACAAUAUAACUGGGAGCCAAAUGCAGUAACAGCAAUAAUGACUGAGCUGCAAAAAAAAGGAGUUGUUAAAGCAAUGGAACAUGGAGCAUUCACUCGUGUUGCUCAUCAAGACACUCAAAUACAAGUUGUGAAACAAAUGCCAACAAUGGCAAGUGCCAAACAACCAACAAUAGCUAUUAUAACAGCUCAAUAUUGCGAAAAACUUGCUGUUGAUUCGAUGAUUGAAAAUAAGGAAACAUUUGUUCGUUACACAACUGUUGGUACAGCAAGUCCACAUGAUACAAUUGAUGGUGUACCAAAAGUCAUUUGCCGAUUUGGUGAAUCAAAUGUAUAUACUCUUGGAAAUAUGGGUGCUCAUCGAAUAGUUUGUACAAAACUUCCGACAAUUGGACACACGAGAGAAGCUAUGACAGCUGCCGGAAAUACAACGACACGUCUUCUAGGUACAUUUCAAAAAGUUGAUUUUGUAUUUCUGGUUGGUGUUGGAGGUGGAGUACCACAUUAUACUGAUUACAAUAAACACGUUAGACUUGGUGAUGUUGUUGUGUCUCAUCCAGCUCCAACAAACAAUAAAUAUGUGUAUAUUUAUUGUGAAGGUGCUAAAGUUAAUGAAAAUAAUGAAUAUCAUUUUGAAACCAAAGAAUAUUGUCCAUCAAAUUUAGGACUACAAGAUAUUGCUGUUAAUUUAAAUAAACAAUCAAUUGAUAAUAAUUCAAUACCACCAUGGAAAAAUUAUUUAAAAGAAGGAUAUGAAAAUCUUGAAAAUUUACAAUCAGAACAUGAUUUUAAACAGCCGUCAAUUGAUUCUGAUAAAUUAUAUAUGACAAUUGGAGAAAGAGAUGUUAUUGAAGUUGCACAUCCAAUUGAGCCAAAUGAUACACCAAAUAAACGUGUUAUUGGUUGUCCAAAAAUUCAUCUUGCUCCAAUAGCAUCAGGCAGAAAAAUAUCACGUGAUGAUCAAGUUAGACAAAAGUUUUCAACGAGAUUUGGAUGUUUAGCAUUUGAUGGUGAAAUGGAUGCUGUUGUUGAGAGUGUACUUGGUAAUUGUCGUGAUAGUUUUACUGUUGUACGUGGUAUUGCUGAUUAUAAAGAUGGUUCUAGAGGAAAAGAAUGGCAACCUUAUGCUUCACUUGCUGCUGCAAGUGUUGUUAAAUCAAUUAUUUGUGCUAUGGAUCCACCAACAAAUGUUUAAAUUAAUUUUAUUAUUUUAAAUACAAAGCCAACAAAAAAAGUAAGUCAUAGAUUUUAUUAAUAAUAGACUAUUUAUGUCGACAAAUAAAUUUAAUAACACAGAGUAUACGAAAAAAUAAUAACUGUUUUAAAUUGAAAUAUAAAUAUUUAUAAAAUAUAAAAAUUAUAUUUACCAGUGUGUUCAAAAUAAUAAAAUUAUACUGCCAUAAUAUUUGCAAAAAUAUCCGCACUAAAUUAGAAAGUUUAUUAAAAUUAUAUUUACCAAAAUAAAAUAUUUAAAAAAUUUUAAUCUUGAAACACAGGGUAACCUGAUGAUGAAAAAAAAAUUUAAAUUCUUGGUGUUUGAAACACAAUAUUGUUCUAUAGUCAUAUCCAAGUUGACUUGGAUAAAAAAAUAAUUGCAUAAUAUAUUAAAUAUAUAUUAGAUUUAAAAAUAAAACACAAAUAAAAAAUAAACAGAGACAAAAGUCUAGUGUUUUUAGUCAUGGUAGAAAUUUAAUUAUUUAUUUAUAAAUUUAUGUAUUAUUUAAAAGAAAUAAUAGCUACCAAAAAAAAAACAAAUAUAAAAGAACAAUAAAAGUAAAUCAAAAAAUAGUAUUAAGUGUACUAAAAAAAAAUUUCGAUUUUGUUUAAUUUUUUGCUCAUCGAAAAAUAGAUUCAGAUUUACUAUUACAAAUUAGUGGUUUUUUUAAAGUGUCAAUUUUAUCAACAAUUCAUUAAAUAAUUAGCUCCAUUUAAAUAUAAAUUUACAAAAUAAUAAAUUACUUGUUGCAUCGUUACAAUUAAAAUAAUAGGUAUUAAAAAUAAUUGUGUCAGCAUAAAAUUAAAAUAAUUAAUAGUAUUAUAAAAAUUUCUUUUUACUUUUUUAAAAAUGGUUUUAUUUAUAUAAUUGCUCCAGUCAUAUUGCGUGUUUUAUAUAUUUAUAUUAACCUGUGUUAAAAUAGUUGAAAGAAUUUAAAAAACAAUCAUGUAAUUUUAUUAAAUUAAUUAUCUUAUAAAGAUGUCUUCCACUAUAGCAGCUUUUUUUUUUUUUUUAUUAAGAAAUACACACAAGAAUUUAAAGAAUUUGUAUUAAAAAUGAUAAUUGUUUUUACACUGUACUGAAUAUUUUUUUUUCCUUUCUCUUUAAUAAAAAGAAAAUAGUACCAAACAA